AUGCAGUCGAUAGCCAUGGUUACCCUCUCCUUCUUAUUCCUGCUCCUACUGCCUCUCGCCACUGCCCAAACAGCGCGAUUCUGCGGCGACGGCAUUUGGGACAGCUACACAUCAAAGAAAGCGUACCAAGCCAACCUCAGGCUCCUUUCAUCCACCCUCCCCAUGAAGGCCGCGUCCAACACCACCCUCUUCGCCACUCACACCAUAGGCGAUGCUCCGGGCAACAUCUUCGCCCUCACACUCUGCCGCGGGGACAUGAACGCCUCUGAAUGUGAGCGCUGCGUGGCAACCGCCUUCGAGGAUGGGCCGCGGCUCUGCCCAUACAAGGAUGAUGAUGUUACCUUGUUCUACGAUACCUGCCUGCUCAGGUUCUCCAACAAUAAUUUUCUCACCGCCACCGAUAACAGUGCAGUUAUCCUCAUGACCAACCAGAACUUCACCACAAGCGUCGACUCCAUCAGGCCCUUGUUGUUCACGCUUAUCAACAACACGGCCCAAGUGGCCGCGGGCAGCAUAAGGAGGUUUGCCACCUCAAGCUUAGACGUCAGCGCCUUGACGAGGAUGUACUGCCUUAUGCAGUGCAGGCCGGACCUGACCACCGAUGAAUGCACGGUCUGUUUCGAGGUUGUCUUGCAGGAUACGCUCGGGUACACUGACUACAAGCUAGGUGCCCAAGGUCUCGGGAUACGGUGUACCAUGAGGUACGAGGUUUUCCCAUUCUUCAGGGGGGACCCUAUGCUGCGUAUCAUCAACAACACGCCGGCAGGAUCUAUGUCACCAGCUGGGACGCCAACUCAGAACCCGGUGGUACAAACGAGCGUCGAACAUCGCGGGAAGGUAAAUUUACAUGAUCAAGCUGCCACAAAUAGGAUGGAAGAAGAUGCACUGGUUUGGAGAUUGGAAGAGAAGAGUUCAGAGUUCACUCUCUUUGACUUCUCUGAGAUAUUGCACGCUACAUGCAACUUCUCCAACGAAAACCUGCUUGGUCGAGGUGGUUUUGGCCCUGUCUACAAGGGACAAUCACCAGGUGGAAUGGAAAUUGCAGUUAAAAGGCUUGCCUCACAUUCAGGACAGGGUUUCACAGAAUUCAAAAAUGAAGUUGAACUUAUUGCAAAACUACAACACAAUAAUCUGGUCAAGCUCCUGGGAUGCUGCAUUCAGGGAGAGGAAAAGGUUUUGGUGUACGAAUAUUUGCCAAAUAAGAGCUUGGACUUCUUUAUCUUUGAUGGAAAUAGAACAACUUUGGUUGAUUGGAAUAAAAGACGUGUGAUAAUUGAAGGGAUAGCUCAAGGUCUGCUGUAUCUCCACAAGCACUCUCGGCUGCGCAUCAUACAUAGAGACCUUAAGGCCAGCAACAUUCUCUUGGACCAAGACAUGAAUCCUAAAAUUUCUGAUUUUGGCCUAGCAAAAAUUUUCAGCUCUAAUGAUACACAAGGAACCACAAAGAGGGUAGUGGGAACAUAUGGUUAUAUGUCUCCGGAGUAUGCAUCUGAAGGCAUAUACUCAAUCAAAUCUGACGUUUUCAGCUUUGGUGUGUUACUUCUUGAGAUCCUUAGCGGAAAAAGGAAUUCUGGUUUCCAUCAAUAUGGAGACUUCAUUAACCUCCUUGGAUAUUCAUGGCAGCUCUGGGAAGGUGGAAUAUGGAUUGAGCUUCUAGAAUCAUCAAUUGCCAAGGAGAUCCAUAUAACCGAGGCUAAGAGUAACAAUGAUGUAACCAUCACUGCAGAGCCAGAUGGCAGAUAG